AUGUCCACCGCAGACCCCGAACCACAACAACCGCACCCACCACCGUCGUCCUACAUGCCGCAAUCCACCCCCUCACACCACGCCAGCUCCCUCACAAGCAUAAUAACCGCCUGCCACACGCUGAUAGCGACAUUCCUCUCCGAAACGCACGACCCCGACUCCGUCCUCGCACGCGUCCAAAACCAAACCCGCAUCUCCCUCCGCAUCAUCACCGACGCCCUAGCGCAAUACACGCUCGACGAGCUCGCGCUCUCCUACAACGGCGGGAAAGACUGCCUCGUGCUCUUGAUCCUCUUCCUCGCAGCCCUACACUCAAAGCUCCCCUCCAUCGACGAGACAAAAAGACCGCUCAUCUCGGCAAUGUACGUCGCCGAAGCGGAUCCCUUCGAAGCAAUGGAGGAGUUUGUGAACUGGUCGAAACAGAUCUACCACCUCGAUCUGGCGCGGUAUACGAAGAACGCGAAUACAACGCUCAAGGGCGGGUUUGAGGAUUAUCUGGCCAGGAACCCAUCUAUUAAGGCGAUAUUCGUGGGCAUGCGGAGGACGGACCCGCACGGGGCGAAUCUGACGUGGUUUGAUCGGACGGAUAGCGGGUGGCCGGACUUCAUGCGGAUCCAUCCGGUCAUUGACUGGCGGUAUGCGGAGAUCUGGACGUUCCUGCGCCAUCUGAAGCUGGAGUAUUGUUCGCUGUACGAUAUGGGGUAUACGAGUCUGGGCGGAUUGUCGAAUACGCAUCAGAAUCCCAGUCUGUGGGAUCCGGUCAAGGAGGAGUAUCGGCCUGCGUACGAGUUGACGGACGAUAAACUAGAGCGAUCGGGCCGCAGUUGA